AACUUUACCUUAGGUAUUACCUACAGCCUUGUGAAAGUAAGGGAAUCUUUUAGGGGGGCCCCUGUACGUCAUAUCAUAUGCUUAGCAGUAACAAACUUUAGCGUAAAACAAUUCGCCGACUCCAAAAAAAACAACAUUAGGUAUUAAGAACGUCGACUUUCUUAUUAGAGUAAACAAGAGCCUUGCAACCUCUUGCGACUUAUUUCAUCUUUCUUAGUAUUGCGCAUAGGGGUAAUCACCCCGACCAGUCUUUUUUGACAUCAUGGCCAAUGGAUUGGAUAUCCAGAAGCUGGACUCCGUAUUCAAGUCGCGACCAGACAUUUUACAAGACAUCCACAAGGCUGCCGAUUCUCCAUCGCGAGUCCAACUAUUCAACCAGAUUGCAAAUUUCAUAUAUGAACAAACAGGUGACCAUACAGCUGGCUCAUCCCUAAAGCGGCGCCGCGUCGAUAUCGAGCCCUCCCACAAUGGAAAUCUACCGCACACCGCAGAGACGAGCACAAUCGAAGACAUAUCAAGCGAGAAUAUCCUAUUGGAAAUAAAAGAUAUAUCCGUCUCUAUCCCGCAGCGUAAGAAGUUCGAAUUAUGCCUCACGCCCAAACACCUAUAUGCCCGAAUCCCUGGUGCAACCGCGCCUGCGCCUGGAAUAGCAUAUGCAUGGAAAGAUAUCGAGUAUGCUUUCUACCUUCCCGUGCCCGAGAAAUCUCAGAUUCAGCACAACUACAUCUUAUUCCCACGAAACGCUUUCUCCCUUUCUAAAUCAGGCGCACCGACCGAAGAUCCGUUACUCUUUACUGUCUCAGCUGGUGCACCAAAACCAGGUUCGAUUGGUGGACCUAAUGCUGGUGCAGCUUCUGCCGUCUCUGACUCUUAUACCACCCUCUUCAACUGGGCCCUGAAUAAGUGUCUUCAGGCUGCCGGAAACAAUGUGCAAAUAGUUGCAGCAGAUCCUGCAAAAUUUCAUAGUAAAGUUCGACAACCACAUCGACCAAAGGAAGCAGCGGUUCAUGUCAAGGCAUUCAGGGGCUCAAAGGAUGGUUACCUAUUCUUCCUGGAAACUGGGAUCUUAUGGGGCUUUAAGAAGCCGCUGUUGUUCAUACCAUUGGACAAAAUUGCAGCCAUCAGCUACACAAGCGUAUUGCAGCGCACAUUUAAUAUGGUAGUUGAGGUGUUCACAGGCGAAAAUGGUAACGACGAGACAACCGAGGAGAUAGAGUUCUCGAUGUUAGACCAGGAGGACUAUGGAGGUAUCAAUCAAGACUAUGUCAUGCGACACAGGCUUCAGGAUCGAAGCAUGGCCGAUCAACGGAAGGCCAAGAGGGAACUAGCAGAAAAUGCCAAGGGAAAGAAAGAAGCUGAAGGUGAAGAGGAAGAUGCCAAUGGACAGGCUGGGGAAGAUGGCAUGACAGAACUAGAAAGGGCGCAGAUGGAAGCCGAACAGCAACUGCAGGAUGAAGAAGAUGAAGACGAAGAAGAUUAUGACCCAGGGUCUGAGGGUGAGAGCGAGGGCUCGGGAACGAGUUCCGAAGAGGAUGACGACGACGAAGACGCUGCGGAAGACGAUGAGAUGGAGGAAGAUGGAGAUUUAGGAGAGGAGGAAUAAUGGCUUGAUACAUAAUGGUAAUGACGAGAAACCUCGGUCUGUUAUUUCAGCAAGGUUUCGGGAUAGAUGAGCCUAGCAAUGCGACGGCUUCAGCCCUGAAGUAUCACGUUUUAGUAGCUACUACGUGGAUUAACUGUCGGCAGAUCCGUUAAGG